CCUCCAACUCCAACCCCUUCGCCGAGGCGAAUGUUCCCUCUUUCUGGUCGUCGUCUUCCAUAGCCGGGAAGCUGUUUGUGACCAUACAUGCCUCUGGACGAUAAACUCCACGCUCAUUAACUUGUCCUGAACAAAAGAAAACAUUUAGAGUCUUCUUCCUCUGCCCCGGAACAUCAUUCAAGCCAUGCUUCUUUCCUCAUCACUACUCCUGCUCCUUGGUCUCCUUACCUGGCAUGCAAGUACAUCAUGGGCUGCUAAAAUCAUCGUGGUCCCACCCACCCUGUUUGAAUCACACAUGUACAUCUUCAAUACAUUGGCUGUCGCUCUGCACCAGGACGGCCAUGAGGUCCAUUUUCUUGUCUCUGAGGGUCGUGAGGUCGUUGAUUCUCCUCACUAUAAACUACAGCGGUACCCAGGGAUCUUCAACAGCAGCACAGCAGAAAGUUUUAUGCAGGCCAAAGUCAGCAACAUCUUUGCAGGGCGCCUUACAUUUCUGGAGCUUUUUGACAUUCUUGAACACUACAGUCAGAAUUGUGACUAUUCUAUUGUAGGCAAUACAAAAGUGAUGGCCCGUCUGAAGGAGGCUAAUUUCGACCUGUUGCUGGUGGACCCCAAUGAAAUGUGCGGUUUCGUGCUUGCACACAUUCUGGGCCUGAAAUAUGCAGUGGUCAGCACGGGUUUGUGGUACCCUACGGAAGUGUGCGCUCCAGCCCCGCUUUCGUACGUUCCCGUGUUCAACUCCUUGCUAACCGACCGCAUGUCCCUCCUCCAGAGGAUCUCCAACACAGCCGUCUAUCUCUUGGAGAACUUUGGAGUCAAUUUUAUUGUGAUACCCAAGUACGACCGUAUUAUGAAGAAACAUGGAAUAACGCCACAAGUGCCCAUGACUGAGCUGGUGCGAGGGAGCCAGAUGUGGAUGCUGUGCACAGACCUAGCGUUGGAAUUCCCCAGGCCCACCUUGCCACAUGUGGUGUAUGUCGGAGGCAUCCUUAACCGACCAGCCAACCCACUGCCACAGGAGUUUGAGGCAUGGGUUAAUGAUACAGCAGAUCACGGCUUUGUUGUCGUGUCCUUUGGCGCUGGGGUCAAGUACCUUUCCCAUGACAUUGCACACAAACUAGCAGGAGCCCUUGCCAGGUUACCCCAGCAAGUCAUUUGGAGGUUUUCAGGUGUCCCACCCAGUAACCUUGGCAACAACACCAGGCUUGUCGAAUGGAUGCCUCAGAAUGACCUAUUAGGACAUGCCAAGAUAAGGGCUUUCUUGAGCCACGGGGGUCUAAACAGUAUCUUUGAAGCCCUGUAUCAUGGAGUUCCGGUGGUGGGUGUGCCCCUAUUUGGAGACCACUAUGACACCAUGAUCCGUGUGACCGCUAAAGGUAUGGGCAUCAUGUUGCACUGGAAGAGCAUGAGUGAAGAUGAUCUUUACAACGCCCUGGCCACCGUCAUAAAGGACACCAGGUACCGCCAGCGAGCAGAGCUUCUCUCCACCAUCCACAAGGACCAGCCGGAACACCCUGUGUCAAGAGUGGUCUACUGGAUCAAUUACAUCCUUCGUCACAACGGCACCGAACACCUGCGUGCCGCUGUAUACGACAUCUCCCUCUACCAGUACUUCUUGCUGGAUGUGUUCUUUGUCAUAGGGGCUGCCUUGGUCAUGGGUAACUUUGCCGUGAGGCAUUUGGGACGAUUGCUGCGUGCAAAGUGUAGUGACCAUAGUAACAUAGUAAGUGACCAAGUAAAUGGUAUUUCCAGGCAGGAGGGCAACAUGAUCAACGGGCACUGCCACUCCGUGGCCAACGGUAAACACAAACGCAACAACUCCUUAAAAAAUGAGAAGAAGGUGAAUUAAUGUUUGCAAAUGGCCAAGGUGGACAAGGAGGCAGUUGCUUAAGUGUGCAGCCCUCUGGUCGGCAUGGUGCCUUCAUAAAAGCCAAGGAAAGUCCGUCGUUAGGUCUGCAUAAUGAGGCAACUGCCACUCACAGUGAGGUUAACGGAUGAUACAAAAUAUGGGUAUGGAACAAGGUGUUGUGCGCUCUGGGUGUGUGUUUGUGUGUGUGUGUGUGUGUGUGUGUGUGCACGCGUCUGUGUGUGUCCAUUGAUGUGAAUUUAAAAUCUAAACACCGAUGGCGUCAGCACAUCACCAAAUUGGAACAGUGAGGAUGAAACACUUCUCCUCUCCACUAAUCCUGACCUCCGAACGGUGGAAUGACGAUGAAGAAGUGACACGUGAACUUUGUGAACUAUUUUAACUAUUUAUUUUUUCUUAUCCUUUAACUACAAGGCUUCCCAAGCAUCGGCUUAACUCUAAAUUUAUUUAUUACUGUACAAACAGGAUACAUAUAAUGAACUUUUAAAAAUAUCUUAUUUUAAUUUAUUUAAUGGACUCAGCAUGAUGGGGGGGUAUACAGUCCCUCCAUGAUCCGCAAUGUCAUGAAGGGCUGAUGUAUGACGAUUUGCUUUGUGUCUGAUAUAUUGUUCGUGUCAAGGUAGUGAAUUAUCUUUAAGUUAGUGUACACUUAAUUUAUUAUGAUGAGCAAAUGUAGUGAGAGUCACAUCCCUCAUGCCGCCUGUAUAAUCAUGUAUUUAUGAGGUAGGCUUCAGUUGGUGCAUGUGGGCUUGCUGUUUCCAUGUUAAAAAUAAGUGUGUACGUGAAGGUGAAGAUGAGUUGUGUUUAGUCUUUUUUCGACUGCGGAAGGGAUGAAGUCUAUGCUUUCAAACUGUAGGCUUCUAUUAGUAUCAUGGUUUUUUCAUCUUAUGUCAAGCAAUGCCAUGGUGUUGAGGUUUUCUUUCUCAAACUGCUAUUUUAUUCUAUACACAGAUGCAGGAGGGGGCUGCAUGAGGCCUACUGUGGUUCUGACAAGGGAUGGUCCUAAGCAUUGAUGAUUAAAAUUCUGUCAUAUGGAUUCGAUGGUUGAUUAAUUGCAAAUAUGAGCUCACUGCUAGCUUGCUAUGAGGAGAGGCAACAGUUGAUUCACUCCUUGCUAGUAUUCUGUCUAACAACUGACGACUGUAAGUUGAGCUCCAACCAUAUUUUAGUAAAUCACUGGCAUCGAAGCAUCAAUUAAUUGAUGCAAUUAGCAGUAGUAGUGGUGGUAUAAAAUUCUGGUCCCUAGAUAUUACCACGGCAACAACAACAUACAGGACAAGUGGGUGGAGUAUCUUAAAAGCAGUUUGUCACUGGACAUUUCACUUCAAGUAAACUGAAAUUUCAGCAUUUUCAUUAACUGUUUUUGCACUUUAGUCAGCUUUCUAUUUUGCAAAUGUUGCACAUAAAACACAUCACCGAUAGAUACUUUCCUAAUUGUACAGAAGCAUCAUACAAUGUAACUGUGAGUACACACCUCACAUUUCCGCAACCAGUUUUAUUAUAGUAUAUCAUCACACUUUUCCUCCCACAUUCCAAAAACAUGCUAGGUUAAUUGGCGACUCCAAAUUGUCCAUAGGUAUGAAUGUGAGUGUGAAUGGUUGUUUGUCUAUAUGUGCCCUGUGAUUGGCUGGCGACCAUUCAGGGUGUACCCCGCCUCUUGCCGGAAGACAGCUGGGAUAGGCUCCAGCAUACCUGCGACAUGUAAGGAUAAGCGGCACAGAAAGUGGAUGGAUGGAUAUCCUGCAAUGCUAUAAUAUCCACUGACAAUGACUGAACACACAGCCAUUACUAUGUAAGUAGUUGUUAAUACACCUCACAGUGAACAUGUCCAAAUUAUGUCCAAUGCACUCAUACACCAUAACUGUAAGUAAGACACAAUUAUCCUGCUAUUUAAUUGUGAUGCCGCUAUUUAGACAAUUAUGGUCUCGUGUGAUUUUAGUAAAUCAAUACUGCCAUACAAGCUGUACACUGACUACUCUAAUCUAUGUCCACAUUUAAGUCCUACAGUAUUGUCCCUUGAGAAAAUAUUCUGUAAAAAAUGCUUGCUGAAACAUGAGGAGUGUACUCACUUUUCCUGCAUGUCCUGCACGAGCACAUCCCAAAAAUUGUCUUUUCUACUUAUCACACUGCAUUUUUUUUCAUAAUCCAUCCAACAAACUAUUGUACAGUACUGUAUAUUCAUGAAAAAACUUUCAUCCUUUCCCCCGUGAGCUGCAAUGACACCUGAAUAGUCAGACCCAGUCCUGAUACUUGAAUCCUCAUCAUUCUCAUCAGUCACAUGUUCAUCUGUCAGGCUUGGGGGUGGGGCUUCAGGUGCUUCACGAGCUAUGAACGGGGUGCGGAGGGACAGAAAAGUGUAUUUUUGAAGGUUCAUAUUUAUAGUUAUUUGCUUAUUAAAGUGACCCCCACGAAAAGUGGAGAUCUACUGAAUAAUGUGUGAAUUCCACAGUGUAGUCGCUUCAACAUUUCAUGCUAUAUUUUUGAUUUUAAAAUGUUUCGCCUCGAUUUCAACCUGUUUUUCUUCUUGUCAGAUGUUGUAAAUACAACAGUGUAAACAAUAUACUAAUGUUAAAUAAAUCUCUUUUCUUUGC